GUCAUGCGCGAGUCUCCUCCGCUAUCGCAUCGACCGAAAUUAGAGUUGGAUUAAACGCGCGAUUGUCGCGGUCGCGCUCGGCGGUCUCGGCAGAUUUACAUAUACGCCCUGCAGCCGCCGCCGCCGGGUCUGGCUCGACGUUUCUCCAUGUGUGACCGGAUUACCUUCGAAAAAUCGAUCGGGGAAGGUGGCCGCGGGCUGGCUAUGGGCUCCAGCUAAUCGUUCCGGCCAGGUGGAUGAGGAGGGGCAACUUCGCAACUAACUUACACACGUCUGUUGCAACAUCAUCACUCGUCAUUUAAAACCCCAUCAGACACAAUGUCGUCGAUUAAACUACCGUCGCUCAUAGUCAAAUGACAAUAACUAGAAUAAAGUGCCGGGAGCGCUCAUGAGACAGUCGUGUCAUCGUCUGCUUGAGCACCAACAGGCAGGGGGGGAGGAACCCCCGCUUUACUCACCAGUAGACCAAAUUUCAGUGGUACCGGAACAUGUGGGCCGCGAGGCCGGCGGCAAGCUGACACGAUAUGCGCCGACGGAGGAGGACGAGGCGACACUCAGGGAACUUCUACUUAGCCUUCAGAGACAGGUGAGCGUGAUGAGUAUGAAUCUGUCCGCAAAGCUGGACGAGCUACAGCGGGGCGACCGGCAACUCGAGACCACGGUCGCACUCUGUGAGAUCAGAACGCAACUACAAGAACUCACCAAGAGCGUUGAAUCAUGUCAAAGCGAAGUGUCUGAGGUGAAACGAGACAUGGUUGCCAUCAAGCAAGAGUUAGACACUGUGCAACAGGUGAAGGAAGAAAUAGAAGAGUUGCGCGAAUAUGUGGACAGGCUUGAAGAACAUACACAGAGGCGGAAGCUCAGACUGCUGGAACAAGGUCUAACAUUCUUCCUGUCCUACGCCAUCUUAGCCGCAGUGCUCGGAAUGCUGCAAUUUGGUUACAACACUGGCGUCAUCAACGCUCCUGGCAGAAAUAUCGAGAACUUUAUGAAGGACGUGUACAAGGACCGCUAUGGCAAGGACAUCCACGAAGACGCCGUCAACAGACUGUACUCUAUCGCAGUGAGCAUUUUUGCAAUUGGUGGCAUGCUCGGUGGAUUUUCAGGUGGAAUGAUAGCGAACCGUUUCGGAAGGAAAGGUGGAUUGUUGCUCAAUAAUAUUCUGGGUAUCAGCGGUGCAAGUCUCAUGGGAUUCACAAAAAUAUCACAUUGUUAUGAAAUGCUCUUCUUUGGUAGAUUCAUCAUCGGCGUCAAUUGCGGACUGAAUACGUCAUUAGUGCCAAUGUACAUAUCUGAAAUUGCACCCUUGAAUCUUCGUGGUGGACUGGGUACAGUGAACCAGCUAGCGGUCACAGUAGGAUUACUCCUAUCGCAAGUUCUUGGCAUCGAACAAAUUCUCGGCACGGAUGAUGGGUGGCCAAUUUUACUCGGUCUUGCUGUGUGUCCUGCAAUUCUGCAACUGCUCCUACUACCCGCAUGUCCUGAAUCACCUCGCUAUCUGCUAAUAACCCGUCAAUGGGAAGAGGAGGCGCGAAGAGCUUUGAGAAGAUUACGGGCUAGCAAUCAGGUAGAAGAAGACAUCGAAGAAAUGCGAGCAGAAGAAAGAGCCCAGCAAGCCGAGGCAUCAAUAUCAAUGAGGGAAUUGCUUUGUUCACCAACUCUCCGUGCCCCCUUGCUUAUUGGUGUUGUGAUGCAACUAUCACAACAGCUUAGCGGAAUCAAUGCGGUAUUUUACUAUUCAACCUCACUGUUCACCUCAUCGGGCCUCACCGAGGAGUCUGCGAAGUUUGCUACCAUGGGAAUCGGCGCUAUUAUGGUUGGAAUGACUCUCGUAUCUUUGCCCCUCAUGGACCGCACGGGACGGCGAACCCUUCACCUUUACGGCCUUGGUGGCAUGUUCAUCUUCUCCAUCUUCAUCACCAUCUCUUUUCUCAUAAAGGAGUUUUUCGGCUAUGUGCAGGAAAUGAUAGACUGGAUGAGUUACCUGUCCGUGGUGUCGACGCUGAGCUUCGUAGUGUUUUUCGCUGUGGGCCCCGGCUCCAUACCCUGGUUGAUCACUGCCGAACUUUUCUCACAAGGGCCACGGCCGAGCGCAAUGGCCAUCGCUGUUUUAGUUAAUUGGAUGGCCAAUUUCGUGGUUGGGAUCGGCUUUCCCAGCAUGAAGGCUCUACUGGAAAACUAUACAUUCCUGCCUUUUAGUGUAUUCCUUGCAAUUUUUUGGAUAUUUACGUAUAAAAAAGUUCCUGAAACAAAAAAUAAGACCUUUGAGGAAAUUUUGGCAUUGUUCCGGAAUUCGAACGGCAGUGUCGGAGCAGUCGUCGGCUGGGGGGGAGGCGGGGCGGCCCCCCCCGCCGCUGCCGCCCCCGAGGUUCCCUGCCACCGGCAACGUCUGACAAUGGGAGACCGCUGCGCGUGCACCUCUAGUUGCGCCGAUCAAGGCCGCCGCCAACUUCUUGUUUCAUGGACUCAAGCGGCAAGCGGUGGGCCGUGCCUCUAUCACUACCACACAACAAAUGUUCUAAAUUGAUGUGAUUAGGUUAAUAAAACGAAGAUAGUCUAUAAGUCACGGCGUAAAGUUAACAUACCUAGUUCUUUAGUCUGUCAUUUUAUGACAUACCUAAUUUAUGAAAUGCAUACCUAGGUACCAUGUAAAGUGCCAUCGGUUUCUUGUACCCAUUUUAAUUAGAUCUUCAAGAAAUUUUACUAUAAAUGAAGACUAGAUAAAAUUGAAAAUUUUGACAAGAUAGAAAGAUAGGUAAUAUUUGAAAAGAUAAGUGUUCAGACGGUUACAAUAUACGAAAUCAUGUUCUGAUAUUAUUUUAAAAUGUUGAUUUUGGAUACAGUGCGGUUGGAAAAUCACACUGUCUUUGGAAUUAUUAAAAAAGGAUUUAUUUAAAUAAAAAGCUAAUUUUCAACGAGACUAUACAUGAAAAUGAUGAUUGUAUUAAUUGUAAAAUUUGUAUUCGGGUAUGCAACAACGCGUAAGAUGUCAUAAUAUUAAUUAUUAUGCCAAGGAAUUCGAAAAGUAAAAAUAAAUAAAUUAUAAUGUAAAAUGGGUACGACGAGUACAUGUGCUUACUAGAGCAUGCAUCCCGGUUACUGCCAAGGGACCGGUGUCGGUACUGUUUUGCAGCCACAGUAUUUUCGGUACGUUCAAUACUAUAAUGUAAACAGAAUGUACAAUGUACAUAAUCUUGAAUAUUAUAGGUUAUAGGAUAUAAUAAAAAUAACAUAUGAAAUAUAAUGUCAUUUAUUUCUGCAAUUAUCACAUGUCAAGUGCAAAUCGGACUAAAUUAAAUUCAAAAACAAAUACUUUUAACCGUAUGAUUUUCACAAAUUAUUGUUUUUUUUACUUACUUUAAUGUUAAAUUCAUCCUGUUUACAUAACAUAUAUCUCCUUUCCUAAGUAAAAUACUACUUAUCUAUAAGUCACUUUACCGUAAUUUAAGAAAGAAAUACGAGAUAAAUAUUAUAAUAUCACAUCGGGGUUAAAAUACUGAUAUUCUUCCUGAAAAUAGCUAUUUAGUAUAAUAUACCUACCUACACCUAUUUAUUAGAGCUGGUUAAUUAUAAUUUCCCGUCAGUGAUCUAUAUAAAGUCAAUAAGUUUCGAAGGCUUGCAGCGUGUAGCUAAGCCUCGAACUUUUAAUUAGCUACCGACAAAAUGUUAAAAGCUAUUAAGUACCUGUUUUAGGUCGGUAAAGAUCACUUUUAAACAUUUCUCAAAAGUGCACUGUUUAAAUACUUGAUAAAUAUAAUUUGUGUACGUGGAAAGUACCAAGAAUGCAGGUUCCAAUAGGUAUCUCGUAUUUCGCCUCCAAUAGUACCGAUGCUCUAGUGCUUACAGAAACGAUAAAUAUUAUAAUUAUUGUCACUGAAAUGUUCUAACAAAGAUAUUUACAUGCUGUGACUCUAUUUUAUUGUUGAUUUUUAUAAAUGAUAUGUAUUAUUUUACGAAAGUUUUAUUCUCUUUUGCUCAUGAUUAUUAUUGUUAUACUUAAUGGUAAAUUAAUGUCAUAUCUAAAAUGACGAACAUAAUUAUAAAUAUUGUAUUAACAGUAUAAAUAAAAUAUUAUUCCGGUCGGGAGAUAUUAUUUAUAGCAGUUGCGGGAAUUGAUCAUAGAAAAAUUAUUUUUUAUAUUCUGUUAUCAGUUCUAUCGUUGAGUUCAACAUUUUGCGCAAUUAUUAAUGUUAAUUUGUUUAAUUAUCUUACCACGUGCAAGUAGAUUUUUUAAGUUGUAGUAUUAAGAGGUAAUAAUAAAAAAUCGUAUUAAUUUCGAUUGAGGAAAAUAGAGUAUGGUAAGUUAUACAAAUUGUGAAAACUUUUAAGAAUGUAAAGCUUUUAAACCUAGUACGCCCCUAGAAGACGAAAAUGUUUAAUUAUUUAUUAGCUAGGGUUCACUAGUUACUACAGGGUUGUAGUCGACGUCUGUCUAUCCGUGUAUCUCCUAACUGCUCAAUUCAAGAGACUUGAAGGCUGGCUAGCCUGUCGUGAUCGGUAAAGGUAACACGGCCUAAAAUGUGUAACUAGACAUGCGUCCUUACGAUGACUGAUCGAUAUAUGCGAUGUAAAUAAUUAUUUCAAUAGUAAAAGCUGUAAAAAAAGGGAAUGUAUAUAGUCCGUUAGCCUUUGUUUUAUAAAAUGACUUCCUAAUAGGUAUGUUUAUGACGUAUACCUACUUCAUAUUUCUAUCUUAUAUUAUGCAUUUAUAAAAUAUACUUAAUAGUUAUUCAUUAUUGGAAUGGAGUUCAACAAUAACAUCCUAAAAAUUCAUUGGGCUAAUAUUUUCUUCAUAAAAUAUAAUAAUAUUAUUUUAAUGUUACAUACCUAAUUGCAUAGCGCACAAACUGAUUUAUGACAAAGUUAAACCAUCUGCUUUUUACGCACAAUAUAACUUAAAUAUCUAAAUUAUUCAUCUACAUGUCCAUAAUUUACAGAUUUGCACAAAUUUAUAUUUUAUAAGUGUUAUUGAAUUAUGUGUAGAAAAACUAAACUUUGCCUACCUACUGUUAUUUUGUAUAGAAAAGAAAGUGUUCCUACGCAAUAUCAUAUUAUGUAAGGGUAUUUUAAGGUUAUUUUACUCAUUUAUUAAAUUUAGUUUAAAGUUACGCUUUUGAAUGAAAAUGAACCUUGUGUAUCGGACCUUAAAUUAAGUGAUCUCGAUGAAACAUACCAAGCGAAAGCGGGAACACCUUUGGAAUUAGUAAUUUACUUAUAGGUAUAGUUUAGCUUGGAUCUUCUAGAAUAAUUACUUAUGUUUAUGUUUCUAUUGUUUAUAGAUAUCUCCGAGGAUAAGUCUAGAAAGUAAUUAAAAAUGAUUUGGAAUGGGGAGUGUAGUCACGUUAAUCUUGGUAAAAUAGUCUAUAUAAAAAAACAAGUUGUUACGCAAUCAUAAUAUUAUAUUAUACAUGUCAUCAAAAAACUUAUAAGGUAAUGAAUGCGACUGAAACCUUAUUAAAUAGAAAGUAACUUGGGAUUGUAACAAAAAGUCAAUUAGAUUAUAUUUUGAAAAUUUUUACAAUUUACCAAAAUUAUUGUUACGAUUAGAGUGAUUUUGAAUAAAAAAAUUCUAAAAGACCCAAGCUCGUAGCCAUCGUGCUAUACUUUGCCUACUGAAGUAAGCUGUAGUCAGUCGCGUAACGGCGCAGGAUGCACGGAUUGACAGAUCUUACGGGAGCCAAGCCCCAUUCGCUAGAAAACUAAACCCUAAGAAAAUCUUCUAAAGCACUAUCCACAGUUAUUGCCACGAUUAUCUGAAUUUUUUUAAGUUUCGUCACGGAGAUUAUCCCGUACUUGUACAAAAGGAACUUGUAAAAUUUUAUUGGAACUAAUACUUGUUAUAAAAACUUAAAAAAUA